AUGCAUAGGGUAGCGGGGUCUCUCUCUCUCGUUGCCCGGGGCGGCUGUAAACAAAUCCAAACUUCCCAAUUUCUCUUUGUUCAUUUCUCCUCUCCCACCUUUCCUCUCUUUGGCCCCAGGACAUUCCACUCCCUAUCAUUCCAAUUCCACUACCCUACUAUUUCAAUCCGUUUCCUCUUCGAUCUAGGCACAAUGGACUACAACAUGGAAGACACUCAGAACCCGGUGGAGGCACAGAAAGUCGCCCAAAGAAAUGACACUCAGAGCGUGACCAAACGUCUCCAAGCUGAGCUCAUGCAGCUUAUGCUCUCGCCCUCUCCCGGCAUUUCCGCCUUCCCAGACGCCGACGGCAACCUCCUCGCCUGGACAGCCACCAUCACCGGUCCCACCGAAACACCCUACGAGGGUCUGACAUUGAAGCUCUCCUUCAAGUUCCCGAACGACUACCCUUACUCUCCCCCAACCGUCCUCUUCAAAACCCCCAUCUACCACCCGAACUUCGACUUCUCCGGUAGAAUCUGUCUCGACAUCCUGAAGGACAAGUGGAGCGCGGUAUACAACGUUUCUAGCGUGCUGCUCAGUUUACAAAGUCUUCUGGGCGAACCAAACAACGCGAGCCCUCUCAACGCCCAAGCCGCGGAGCUGUGGGAUUCAAACCAAGAGGAAUUCAAACGUCACGUCCUCGCCCGCCACCAGGAUUUGGAUGAUGAGUAA